AUGGGUGAUCAUUUGGAUGAAAAUGAUCAUGAUUUGGGUCAAGAAGAACCCAUGCUCCCUGAUUCAUCAGGGCAGCGAUACCAGCACAAAAGAAAUGCCAUGAAAAUUUUAGAGGCUAAUCACUUCGUAUGCAUCGAAAAGCUUGGGUCUGGCGCUUUUGGUGACGUAUACAAAAUGAUGGACUUCUCUGGCCAAGAAGUUGCCGUCAAAGUUGUAUCGCUUGAAGUCACUAAAAAAAGUGAAAUUGAAGUUUGGCCAAAAAUGCGUCACCCCAAUAUAAUCCCCCUGCUGCAAUAUAUUAGCUUCAGUAACCCUGAUGUAGGAGUUUUUGUAAUGCCCGUACACCGGGGCACUUUGAAGGAGGCAGUCCAAAACGAGCAAUUUUUGAGUCAAUCAUGUGCCCUAGACUGCCUCAAAUCAUGGCUUUAUGACACUCUUUGUGGUCUGGCUUAUUUGCACUCUAAUGAGGCAUGUCACUUGGAUUUGAAAUCCGAUAACAUCUUGAUAUCGCAAGAUUACAGAGCUGUCAUAUCUGACUUCUCUUGUCUUGCAUCUGCGACGAAGGCAAUACCAAGAGAUGAACUUGGAUUGCCGCGUGUGUAUAGACCUCCUGAAGCUUGCCUAUCACUCGGGGGUGUGACAGAAGUUGAAGGCAAGGCUUUCGACAUGUGGGCGUAUGGAGUGUUGGUCUUGGAGCUAUUUACCAACAAAGCUCUGAGUAAUGCAAUCACCUGCGCUGAAAAUUGGAACAGGGAUAUUUAUCCUGUCCUGUUCAACGUUCUUCAGGGGGAUGUUUUCAAAAGCUUCAUGAGUGGAUUGUUUCCUGCGACGGGCAUUGCAGACGGGCAAAUUAGGCUUGCACUGAAUUUUGUGCACACUUUUCUGAUGCCCGAUCGAAGGAAGCGGUGGAAUGCUGCAAAAGCAAUGGAGCAUUGUUUCUUUGAAAAUGGCGGUCAGAUUGGAACAGGUCCAGAUGCAAUAUGGCUGCAUUUUUGUAGAGAAGGAAACCAAAAGCUUAGCAUGCAUAGAAAUCACGGCGUAAAACGUGUUGCUGAUGUCAGUGUUAAGCCACUGCAAGUAAAAAAACCCAACACUGAAUUUGAGCAAACGCGUGAAAAACUCGAAUGUGAUAAUUGCAAGCAUGCUGAUGUAUUGAUAAAAAGAGUUGAAGAAUUGAAUGAGGAAUGGGAAAUGCUAAAGCGCAAAAAUGCAGCAUUGCAGAAGGAAGUUCUGGAGUUGAAAGAGUUUUUGGAAAUCGAUGAGUUUGCGAAAAAUGAGAAACCUGUUCCAAAAAAUAGCAUGGUUUCUGAAGGCACGCAAACUUCAAGUAGUCCGAAAGCAAUAGCUAUUCAUGAUCAUUCUAGUGAGCACACCGCAGAUAGCAAUAAUGAAGAUACAUUCAUGAGCUGGAUAAGAAAAAAAUUGGUAAAAUGCCCUGAAGAAAACCUUCACAAAUGCUUAAGAGAAAUUGCUCAAGAUUUCCUUAAUCCCUCAUUCAGUGACUAA